GCAAAUACGAGAAGCUAUUACGAGCGGCGCACGGCGUGUCUGCAGCAUGCUCCGCUGUUGCCGCUGGUACUUGGUGGUCGGAUUCGGCCUGGGAGUCGCGGCUACCGGGCUGAUCUUUUUCCUCGCCUGGCGCGACAUCUUCGACACACUCGUCAGCGAGGAAAAGGCACUAGUACCAGGCACCGCAUUUUACAAGGAAUGGCGACGUCCAACGGUUCGUCCCGUGUGGUGCGUCUAUAUGUUCAACUGGACCAACGCACCCGCCUAUCUGAGCGACCCGCGCGCCUCGACGGCCACCUUCCAGGAGGUGGGACCAUUCACGUAUGAAGAGCUCAGCGAGAUGGUGGACGUGAAAGUGUUCCACGGCAACGGUACCGUGGGUUACCGCAGACGUACCGCCUUUCGCCGGCGGCAAGCGACGACGGCGGCGGCGGCCACCGAACCCAACAUCACCACGGUGAACUUUGCCGCCGUGGGAGCCGCCUUUGCGAUACGUCACCUGGACUACGGUGCGCAGCGCGAGCUGUCCUUUCUGCUGCACAACCUCCGGCAGCACGUAACGGUGGCCAGGCCUGUCGACCAGCUGCUGUUCACCGGGUACCAACCGGACCCACUGUUGGCGCGGUGGCGUGAACUGUUCUGCAGGCCGCCAAACGUCAACGCGGUGCUGUGCCAGCCCGAGCGGCUAGCGUACUUCCGGACGCUCAACAGCACGCGCAAGGCGAGCCCGCUGUACUACUACCUGAACGUGGGCCUGCGCGAUCGGCAGUCGUACGGGGAGGUCAGCCUGGAGGCACCGGACGCCGGUGGUUUCACCGGUGACCUGUUCCCGUCGCGGAUCGACCGCACCAAACCGCUGGCGCUGGCGCUGAUAGACUUUUGCCAAAGGCUGUCACUGGAGUACGACGGUGAAACGGUGAUUGGCGGCAUCGUGGGCUACCGGUUCGUGUCCACCGGCCCGGACUCGGGCCAGCCAACCUGGCGCCACAAUGGUUCGGAAGCGUCGUCGUACGGCAUGGUAAACUCCUACGAAUGUACCGGACUUCCGCUGUUUGGUGUAGCCGCCAAUCGGAGUGCUUCGGAGAUCGUCCUGGAGCCGAUUACUGGCACCGUGCUCAAGUCGUCCAUCAGCCAGCAGUUCGGGACCGUGUUGCGGCCGAACGUCCACAUCGCGCUGUUUCAGGACGUUCCGGAGGUGAAUGUGCCGCUGUUUCGGUUUACCCGCUACUACCAGCUACCGGAAGCGAGCACGCGUCGUCUCAAGCGCCUGCUCCACCUGCUCGAGGUCGGGCACCAGGCUGCCAUCUCGGGCUGCUGCCUGGGGGUGCUCCUGGUGGCGCUCGCAGUGAUUUACACCCUCUGCAAGGGCCGCUGUAAGCAGCCGCAAAAGCAGCAGUCGCAGGCGAUCCGCAAGUCGAACAGUGACUACACCAUCAUCGGCACGCAGUUAAGCAACACGGCGACCGGCGGCUGUUGACUGGAAGAAUCGUCGUGGUAGGUGAACAGAGUUGAGGGUAAAAUUUGCAAAACCCAACCAUACUGCAGAGAAUUGAUGGUAAUUGCGGAUGUAUGAACGCCCGCUGUGUGAACAUUUGGCUGUGAAUCGUGACCCGUGACAUGAACAUUGCAUUCGGUCCAAUAAAUCUGUUUGGUGUGGUGGAGGGCGGAGUGGUCCAAACGUUUUAACGAUGGAGGGAAGGACGAUGAAAGUGACCAGUGCGGCGACGGACGGCCUGUGACUUCAAAAAGUAACUUCAAUCUUCAAAGAGUGACCGAAAUGAUUGGUCAAAACAAACUUGGCAUUUGAAUAUUACUGUCAUUUCUGAACACGUGGAUUUUAGUUUAACGGAGAGACAAAACGCGCCAAAGAACGCGCCAAGGACUGUAGCUACCCAGCAGCUUGUCGGAAAAUUCGCAUGGAGCGGUUUAAGGCUGUGGAGGCAGUGUACACAUUGGAAAGGAGGAAGGUGAAAAUUAAAAAAAAUGCGAAAUAAAACUGUUACAGCAACAGUCUG